CACUGAGAAGCAGGCUGUCCUGGCUGAGGAGGAACUGGACCGAUACUGAGAAGAAGAUUAAGAAACACAAGGAAGACAGAGGCCUCUUUGCACUGAAGGUCAGCUGCCAAGUCUCGACUUCAGAGGUCGCGUAUGAUGCACUUGGCUGAUGAAAAGAAAUCACCAGAAAAAGAAAUGAGUUUGGGGGCAGCGUGCAUCUUCCUGCGAGGAGGGAAAAAUAUUGCAAGAGGACUGGCUGAUGAAGAGAUUGAUGAGCUACGUGAUGCAUUCAAUGAGUUUGAUAAAGACAAGGAUGGGCUGAUCAGCUGCAAGGACCUGGGGAAUCUGAUGAGGACAAUGGGCUACAUGCCCACGGAGAUGGAGCUGAUCGAGCUGAGCCAAAAUAUCAACAUGAACCUUGGUGGCAAAGUGGACUUUGAUGACUUUGUAGAUCUGAUGGCCCCAAAGCUUCUGGCAGAAACGGCUGGGAUGAUUGGCGUGAAGGAGCUCAAAGACGCCUUUAAAGAGUUCGACACGGACGGAGACGGAGAGAUCACCACAGAGGAGCUGCGGUCUGCCAUGACCAAGCUGAUGGGAGAGCACAUGAACCGCAGGGAGAUAGAUGCCAUAGUAAAAGAAGCAGACGACAACGGAGAUGGCACAGUAGACUUUGAAGAGUUCGUCAGAAUGAUGUCCAACAAAUGACAGUUGAGGAGGCUGUCAAUCAAGGAAAUACCAUUGCACCUCUACGGACAUGCGUUAAUAUUGAUGCUGUCUUUCUAUGAAGCUGGAUUACAGAUGAAUUUGUAGGCUAUAUGUUAGGAACAAACAAGUAAUCAUUUCUUAAAUUUGAAUAAAGUGCUGCGAAGAAAAGCUAAGCAGUGUGAAGUUGUUUUCAGAGAGUAUUUUACAUCUAUGCAAAGAUUGAUUGAUAUUUUUUAAGAUCAUUGAAACGACUGUGUAAACUAUAUUGAUUUGUUUAAUGGCAUUUCUUUUAAAUACAGAAAGUCAUUUUGGAUUGUUUUGUUGAAUCGGAUAGCAUUUAUGAAAUGUACUGUAUGUAUUGGUAAUAGAAAAUAUUUAUUCUUUAUAGAAUUAUUCCAACAGUAUUAUUAUUACUGAAACAAUGUUAUCAUGCAAAAAUUAGAUUUAAAGUUAUCAAGCAUUUAUUAAGUGUAUAGCAAAUGUACAUGUACAGUAUUCGGCCUGGGCUAGUUGCAAUGUGUUGGUCUACAUAAUGAAUCUAUGGAUUGAUUCCAACAAGUUGAAUCCUGGUAACAAGUAUUUUCCAGAUAUCUAAAUAAAACCU